CAUUUCAAUAUGGCGGACUACGAGUCUAAUAAUCGAGGAUACGGCGACAGAAAUCGUGGUGGCUUUGAUGGGGAUGACAGAUCUUAUGGCCGCAGUGGAGGUUAUGGAGGAAGAAAUGACAGAGGUUAUGGUGGGGGAGGACGAGGGGGCUAUGGGGGAGGAGGAGGAUAUGGUGGUAGAGAUGGAGGAUCCCGAGGUGGAGGAGGAGGAAGAAAACCUUUACCAACAGAACCCCCCUACACAUGUUAUAUUGGGAAUUUACCGAAAGGGGUUGUACAGGGUGAUUUAGAAGUUAUAUUUAAAGAUUUAAAGGUACAUAGUGUUAGACUGGUCAGAGACAGAGACACAGACGAAUUUAAGGGUUUUGCGUAUGUAGAGUUUGAUGAUUUAGAUUCUUUAAAAGAAGCAUUAACGUUUGAUGGUGCGUUAUUUGAAGAUAAAAAUUUACGAGUGGACGUAGCGGAAGGUAGAAAGAAAGAUAAUAAUCGUGGUGGUGGAGGAUUCCGUGGUGGUCGAGGUGGAGGUGGUCGAGGCGGUGGUAACCGUGGUGAUUACAGAGAUUAUGACAAUUUUGGCGGAAGACGAGGUGGAGGGGGAUAUAGAGGGGGAAGAGGAGACGAUAGAUAUGAUAGUAGAGGAGGAGGUAGUUAUGGAGGCCGAGGAGGAGGAAGAGAUUCCAGACCUAGACAUGAUAGUUUUAACGAUCCUGAAUUAGUGGAACCGACAGCAGAAUCUGCAGCGGCUCGACCUAAACUUAAAUUAUUACCAAGAAGUAAACCCGCUCCUAUUAACGAAGUGGUACAUAGUGAGCGUAAUUCUAGUAUAUUUGGUGUAGGGAAACCACGUGAAAGACGAGAAGGAGACGAGGAAGUAGUGGAAACAACUCGUAGUCGUACUACUAGUGAGAAUAGUGUUCACUGAGAUAACAGUCAAUACAGAUCUCAUCGUGUAAAUAAAUUGGAGAUGUGGGCUUAAAUUAGAGUUAUCUCUCAUAUCACCAAGAUGUACAGAAUGGUCGUCAAGUCAACCAAUCAAAUUAAUUGUUAUAAAGAUAGAAACCAUGACUACCUACAGUUCUGCCCCUUGUUUAAUUUUAAUAACUGAUGUGUGUUUAUCUAUAAGCUUAAAGACAAUCUGAUAUAUAUAUAUAUACAGUAGAGAGUGACCUUUGACCCUAUGUCUGAAUAAUAGGUCCACAUGUUUAUAUGUACAGAAAAAAGAGAUUUAUUUCAUUAUAGCUUAUCUUUUUAUUUAUCACUUCAAAAUAAUCUGUUUGAUGUUGUUUUUGUUAUUUUUUUUAACAACUGCCAAAAAAGGUACUCAUGAGUGCAUUUAACUGUCGGUGGCGUCACCGCUGGAGAUCAUGUUGUGUAAACAUAAUUAUUUUAAGAAUUAAACGAUAUAGAACUUCACCCCAAAAGACACAAAUACAGAACAAAAAAACAACCAACACAUAAAUUUGCCGAGAUCUGUGAGAGCACGGAUGACUGAAUGGUUAGCACGUGCGCGCGCUGUAUCAUAAGGUCUGUCAUUGAGUCAACUGGCGUAGUUUUGAUUGUCCGGUUGUACGAGACAAGGGGUAGGGUCGCACUGCUAAAGACCCCUACGCGCAAGUGAAAUAUUGAAAUAAAAUUGAACCAUAUGUUAGUCCUGAUAUGACCUAGUUUGUGUCGAGUGGACGUUAAACCCCAUUUCUCUAAGAGCACAAAUUGCCGAUAUCAAAUCUAAGUCAAGCAAAUGCCAAUAGCUGCUUGAAAUAUCUGGAAAAGUUUAGUCAAUUCUAACUGAAAAAUCAUUAAGCAAUAUGUCCUCCAGCGGUGUCGACUUUGUUCAGAUUAUUUUGAGAAGAUAAAUAACGGUAUCAGCUAUAAACUGUAUAAAUCUAGCGCGACUAUAUCUGGUUGUCAUGGUGAUUUUGGUUUCUUUAUUUGAUUAUAAUGUUGUUCAUUAUGUUAUAUAGUAAUCAUCCUUGUGAAAAUCAUUCAUCUAACGGCGACGUUAUGCUACGCCAUUUUCUGUUCAUGUAACGAAAUAUAUGUCAGGUCUCACCAGAAGCAGCUUUAUCGUUGUGACGUCUUGUAAAUUAUUUUGAUUUUUUUUUUUUUUUUUUUUUUUUAAUGUUUUAUAUUGUGUGUGAUUCUGACCUCAUCCUUAGAUAAACUUUAUGCGUCUGCCGUCAUAAGACGGCUUUUAUAAACUUUUCCUGGUUCACUGGAAUGCGACAGUGAGAUAAAAAUCAAAAUGGCGGUUUUUAAUGAAGCCUUUUCCACCCGGAUGGGUCAACCAUUUUAUCAGACAUACUUUUAUGGGUUGGAACCGUUUCCACGGAAAGACAACUUUUGUUUCGUAAGAUAAAGAAUGAAAAGACAACUCUUGAUAGAUACAUGAGAUGAACAUGAUACUGUGAUAGUUGAUUGUUUAGACACUGAAUUAUUCAUUAGAAUUGGGAUUUUUCAAGCCAAGUUCCCACUUGUGCGGGAAAGCUACUGCUGGCCUGAUAAUGAAAGGGACUGCAGGCCUGCUAAGGAAAGCGACUGGGGGCCUGAUAAGGAAAGCAAAUUCGGAUGGUGUUGCCUAAUCAUUGGGAAGGGAUAGAAAUUCGUGGUCCACUUGCUGCCUUGGCAAAUUUCUCCUUCCUAGCAUUACACACUUGAAGGUAGAAAAAAAUUAAAGAUGCAUAAAUCUGUAAGAGCUAAAUCUGUCUAUUACAGGGUUUUAUUUUGACUUCAAAUGUUAUAUAAAUUAUUAUUUCGACAUUUAUUAACAUGACAACCUAUAAUCAACCCUUUAGGCCAUCGGAUGGCGCAGAUGUAAACUUCAAACAGUGAUAACAUCGCUCAAAAUAAAGUAAUUAGAAUUAAAUUUUCAAUAUAUUAAUUUUGAAUGACCUAUUUUGGAACUAUUAUAGCAAGAAUGGCCAGCUUUAUAUCUAAAUUUUUCAUAAUGCUAUUUUAACUUUUUGUUUAGUCUGAAAAUGAUGGAACUAUUUCGUUGAGGAGACAUUUAACUCCAUUUCUGUCCUACUUAAUGCUAGGCUUCCACUAUCACGAUUCGUGAUAUGAUUGAAAUCAUGAAGUAAUCGUGGUGAUCCUAUCAUGUCUUAUAUAUUGAGGUCAGUCGUAGCACUCGCGUUGAACGUAUCCGAACGUACCUGCCCGUAGCAGAUCUUGGACUCAUUCGGGACAAUCCUAUCGUAACGCAUCGGACAACAGUGGGAACGUAGCAUAAACUAAAUCACUUCUUUGGCAACUUCACUAAAAUGGGCGUGGGAAUUGUGUGUGUGUGUGAUCUUCCGAGUUAUUAAUUAUCAAAUUGACUAUGGCUACCAUGUUGAUGAAAUUUCAUUGAGGAAUAAAAUAAUAACAAAUGAUUUUACCUUUGGUAAUCUUACCCACCGGCCUUAUUGCACUAUUUUUGUGUACAUGUACCUGGCUUAAUUACCAGGGGCCUGUUUCACGAAAUUAUAACUAAGAUAAAAUCCAAAUUUUAGUAGUUUGAUUGGAUAAUAUUAGAUUGAUUUUAGUACUUAGCCAAUCAAAAUUGAAGUAUCUACUAAAAUUGGGAUCUUAUCUUUAGUUAAGAUUUCGAGAAACAGGGCCCUGCUGUUGAACUUUUGUGUCUGCUUUAUAUAAUUUUGAUUUGGAGUUCAGAAUUUGCUAGAAGAUAAUAGGUCAGUAAAGAAAAAUAUGUUCUAGAAUAUUUUUAAUGUCCAUGUUAUAUAAUCAUUAAUUGUCAAUUUCAUCGUGGAAAAACAGCACCAAAUAUAAAAUAAAUAGCACCAUUAUAGUCCUUGUAAAGAAAUGGUUACUAUAAAGUUAUCUUUUAUAAGUUCAAGCAUUUGAUUUCCGAUAGAGAACCCACAAACAGACUUUCUCUUUGAUGUAGAUGUUAUAUAUUAAUAAUAACACAAGUUUAUGGAUUUGAAAUGGAUUAACGUUUCAGUACUGUAACAGGUACUUGUAUCUUUGUACGAGUAUUCAAUUUGAAAUUGAAACGUUGCAUGUAAUAAACCAAGAAGUAGUAAAUCCAGAAAGUUGUGUUAUUGUAAAUGUUAUAUCUCUACUUCUAAAUGUCAUUUAAGGAUAUUACACUUUAACCUGGGUAUCAUUUAAUCAAAUCGUUGUAGAGCCAUUGUGGCUCAGUGGGUAUGACGGUGGCUCGCUAACCUGGAGGUCCCGUGUUCGAUCCCAACUUUGGCCCAGAAAGUUCAUUGGGAUUUUCUGUCAGUGGUGCAGGAUAGAGGGCCUGACAAGGGACAAUGUCUAGUUAUACGGUUUGACGAAAAACCGAGAUCCCGUUUACACAUUAGCAUACACGUUAAAGAUCCCUUGGCAGUUUGAAUUCAAUAUAAGACAAAAUGCCCAGUCGGAGCAUAACAUUUUUUCAUUUGUCAAAUCUUUGUAAAAUCAUCUAGAUUAAAGCUGACUGGUUAAUUGGGUGAUUUAUGAUGAUUUUUACAAGAUUUGAAAUUGAAUGAAUGUGAAAGAAAUUAGGACUAAAUACGCAAGAUGAAAUGAUACCCAGGUUAUAGUGUUAGGUUUUAUAUAAAGGAAGGUGAGACAGUGAGUGAUCAACUGGUUGUCUCCCCUUUCCCCCGUGUCACGAUUUGUUGGUGUUAGAUGUUCGUGUAGAUUGCUUGUUGGUAGAGAUCUGUUAGUCUCGGAUUUUUACUUUGUAUUUUUAUAUACGCAAAGUGGAUUAAAACAUGUUCCAUCAAAACAUAUAUAUAUAAUAGUGGGAAAGAAUUUUGUCAGGGCAGCUCCAGAAUCUAUAAAGUCAUUGCUAAAUUAAUUUGAAAUUUAAUUAUAAUAAAUUUACUAUAGCUCUCUUUGAAACCAUGGAUAUUAUAUCUUCUAUACAAUUUGUUUGUAUGGCAAAAACAAUUAUUUCAUUCUAGUUGAUAAUCAUCGCAAAAUUAUCCAUCAUCAUAAACCAGGGCUGUUUUAUAGGGUAGCCAUUGUAAAAUUCAUGACAUUUCUGUUGUCAGGAUUUGUUCCACAUCUGUUACCUUAUAAUAUCUCAGACGUGAUUGGAUCCACAUCUGUGACUUGCAAAACCUUAUAAUAUCUCAGAUGUGAUUGGAUCUACAUCUGUGACUUGUGGAACCUUAUAAUAUCUGGGACAUGAUUGGUUCCGCAUCUGUGACUUGCGGAACCUUAUAAUAUCUCGGAUAUGAUUGGUUCCACAUCUGUGACUUACGGAACCUUAUAAUAACUUGGACAUGAUUGGUUCCGCAUCUGUGACUUGCGAAACCUUAUAAUAUCGCUAGAAUGAUUGGUUCUGCACAUGUGAUCUGUGGCAGUUGCCAUUAGUGUUUGUCUUGAUUUACAUCUAUGUGAUACGCUUGUUCCGAUUUGCUGUUUUAAUGAGGCCUGGUGAUCUUGACUUGGGUAUUAAAAGACGAAUGCAACCAGUCAUUUGACAAAUAAUGUAUGAAUUGUUCAAAGGAUACACACAUGGUAUAGCUCUUGAUUUUUUAUGGAUGGAAUUUUGUGAAAUUGACCUGGAAAUAAGCACAAUGUUGUUGAGAAUAUUAGUAUUUCUCACAUUAAUCUGAUAUCAUUCUUUAAAUUCUUUAAACAUAAAUUGUCUUUUGAUCAGAAUUUAUUUUUGUGACUAUUGUGAAACUUGUGAUGGAAUUUAUGCAUUUUAUUAUUGUGAUGCAUGUGAAUGAAGAAUAGCAUUUAAUGUUUUAUUUAUACUUAGUUAAAGUUUUACCAAAUGGAUCCUAUAAAUGUAUAAAAAAACGGUCCCCAUAUGUAACUGCCUACAUAAGAGUAACCAACUGGACCCUAUAAAUGUAUAAACAAACAAGCUCCCCAUAAUUAAACACAAGAAUUUCAUUGCUUGCCUUGAGACAUGAAUUAUCUCUCCUACUCCUUUGACUUUGGGAGCAUCACUUUUUGAGACCUGUGAAAUAGCUUUAUUUAACAUCAGCUUCCACUAAAGUGAUAUCGCAGACAUCUUUUUGAGACAGAGUACUUGCCCUUUUAUAAUGAUAGACUUGAACAUCCAAGUUACAAUGUAUCACACUGAGUGCUUACUGUUUCAUAAUGAUAGACUUGAACAUCCAAUUUACAAUAUACCACACUGAGUGCUUACUCUUUCAUAAUUAUAGACUUGAACGUCCAAGUUACAAUAAACCAUACUGAGUGCUUAUUCUUUCAUAAUGAUAGACGUGAACAUCCAAGUUAUAAUAUACAUGUACCACACUGAAGGCUUGCCCUUCCAUAAUUAUAGACUUGAACAUCCAAGUUACAAUAUACCACACGAGUGCUUGCCCUUCCAUAAUGAUAUGUUUGAACAUCGCAGUUACAAUGUAUCACACUUUUGGAAGGUUGUUGACUCUCCCCAGCCCCUAUCAAAUCAUGUACCCCAUUUUAGAUAGAUAUUUUUUUUUAUGUCUCUUCAGCUCACUUGCAACACGUUUUAGAAGCUUGGUACACUAGGCUCCCUCCCCCACCCUUUUUGGAAGCUUGGUACACCAGGCUCCCUCCCCACCCACAUCGGUACCUCCCGAUUUAUAAAAAAAUUUCACUUCCACUUUUUCACCUUUUGUGUACGACUUGAAUUAGUUGUAAGUUUUAUUUCAUCACACUUGUGACAUUCACAGCCAUAUAUAAAGAGAGUAUGGCCAAUUUCAGUCAUGGUCGCCAUUCUGUUGGUGUGUAGUUCUAAUACAUCAACAUUAGAACUAUAUAAAUGAUAGUUUUGUAUCAAGCUGAUUAAAACACAGAUCCUAUUUCGAUUCGUUUUUUAUAGUUCAAAAUUUCAUUUUACUUUUCUUUACUGCACCUAGGAUCUGCAAGAGUUGUUAUUUUAUCGGCAUUCUGGUUGAAAUGAGUGAUUAGCCAGUAAAACGGUCUAUUACGGUGAGUUCUUGGUGUGCGAUUGCACAUAACUGUGGGUAAACAAAUAGAAACCUCAACGCUGAUUGAUUAAUCAAUGUCUGACAUCAUAGGGUCAAAAGCCACUUGUGCAACCCCUGACAUGACUUUCCACUACAACCGGUCAGAUCUUCAUGUAGUGUAGGCCAUCAAAAGUAUAAAAAAAAAUGAAACGAAAUAUAGAUCUGGGUCCUGUUUCACAAAAUUUUAACUAAGAUAAAAUACAAAUUUUAGUAAUUUGAUUGGAUAAUAUUAGAUUGAUUUUAGUGAUUAGCCAUACAAAAUUGAAGUAUCUACUAAAAUUUGGAUUUUAUCUUUAGUUAAGAUUUCGAGAAACAGAGCCCAGACCAAAACAGCCUAUUUUGUUAGCUAAUCAAUAGAUUCUUCCUUCCAUCAUCUGUACCCGCAGUAAGGAGUUAAUUCAUCACAGUCUUAGACAUUAUUCACAAAAUUUUUUUUUUUUUUAAGAAUUCAAUAAUUUUAUUGGUCAGGAUCUUAAGUCUCAACCAAUAAAAUGAUUGCAUUCUUAAAAUAAUUGGCUUGAAGUAUUGGUGAUUUAGGCCCCAGACACUGUAUAGUGUCUAUAUAUGGUUGUGGUAUCCUAUAUAUGGCACUGUCAAUAUAUGGUUAUGGUGACACCUAUUUAUAUAUCGCUAUGGUGACACCUGUCUAUAUAUUACUCUGUCUAUAUAUGGCUGUGUUGACAGACUCUGUCUAUAUAUGGCUGUGGGUGACAUCUAUCUAUCUAUAUAAUACCUUGUUACAUCAACCCACCAGUGUAAUUGUGUACUAGAAGUUGAAACAAACAUUGUAUAUAUUUUGUGUAAAAUAGUUGCAUUUCUAUUGAUGACAUUAAACAAAAAAAUACAAAACAAAUUUCUAUAAAAUAAAAAUAUUUUAUCUUCAA